UCGACCCGAAAGACCCCGCAAACCCGACCAAGUACCUUGGCCCGGAGGCGCUGCGUGGGUCGGGCGGCGUCCUGCUAAACAAGAAGGGUGAGCGGUUUGUCAAUGAGCUUGACCUCCGUUCCGUGGUCUCCAACGCCAUCAUUGAGCAGGGCGACGAAUACCCCGAUGCAGGUGGUAGCAAAUUUGCCUUCUGUGUGCUCAAUGACGCAGCGGUGAAGCUCUUCGGCGUGAAUUCCCACGGCUUUUAUUGGAAGCGUCUUGGUCUUUUUGUAAAGGCUGACACAGUGGAAAAGCUUGCGGCACUCAUUGGAUGCCCUGUGGAGAAUGUGCGGAAUACGCUGGGGGACUACGAGCAGCUCUCAAAAGAAAACCGUCAAUGCCCCAAGACUCGCAAGGUUGUCUACCCGUGUGUGGUGGGACCGCAGGGUCCCUUUUAUGUUGCCUUUGUGACGCCGUCGAUCCACUACACAAUGGGCGGCUGCCUCAUCUCGCCCUCGGCAGAGAUGCAGUUGGAAGAAAACACGACCUCCCCCUUUGGCCACCGCCGUCCUAUUUUUGGCUUGUUUGGUGCGGGCGAGGUGACGGGCGGAGUGCAUGGUGGAAACCGGCUUGGUGGCAAUUCGCUGCUGGAAUGCGUCGUCUUUGGCCGCAUUGCUGGGGAUCGUGCCGCAACAAUCCUGCAGAAUAAUGACACUUACCUCUGGGGCGAGAAGUGGUCUCAGCUGAAGCUGCGGAAUGUCAUGGAAGACGAGAAUGGAUUUAUGUGGUUGCACUUCACUUUUCCAAGCAGUUUUCAAGUUUCUGGAUUGGAAGCCUUACAGGGGGUGGUGUUGCGUUCUGUCUCCGGUGAUAAAAGUGUGGAAGUUUAUACUCCAUAUACUUUACCUGACGAUGAGGGUGUUGUGGGCAUUGCGUUGAGUCCAUGGCUCACUGGGAAUGGGGUGCAUUGGUUGCGUACACUGCAGCCGGGGGAUACGGUAGAAAUGAAAGCUGCUGAACGGGUGGAGCGCAAUUAUAUGAAUAUGCUGAAAGCUCCACAUAAAGUUGUCAUUGCCACCUCUCGCGGGAUUGCUCCCAUGAUGCAAAUCCUUCGGGCCACCAUGGAAAGGCCGGAGAAGGAUGCAACCAUUCAUUUAAUUUACAUUGCGGAUCGAGCAUCUUCCAUCCCUUAUCGUGAAAAGCUGAAGGCGUUGGCGGAAGCAUCCCCUGAACGAUUCCGGUGCACAUUUGUUCUGCAGCACCCACAGCCCGGGUGGUCGGGUGCUGUGAACUAUCUGGACGAGAUUGCUGCAUCCGUGUUUCCCGACCCCGCGGUAGUCAUCUUUCUCUGUGGUGCCAGCGAAGAGACAAGGUCUAUAAAGAGCUCUCUUCUUGACAUGGGGCACGAUGUCGCCACCAUCGCGACUGUAGAAUAG